UCUUGUGCGAUGCGAUCAAUAGAACUGUUUCCGAAUCUGCUGGGUGGUUUUUUUGUGUUGUAAAUCGCGUAUCUUCUGAAUUCAAGCAGUGCCUUCGAAAUGUCUGAAGUGAUUGAAAUGAUAUUGAUUCUAAUUAUCGUUACAUUGUGCUUCCUGAUGAUUCCAUUCAACCUACAACCGAACGCCGUAAUCGAAGCACGUAGAAAGUUUGAAAUCUUUAUUCGACUGUACGACAAACCUUAUCGGUACAACGUGCGUGAGUAUGAGCAUCGAUUCCAAAUAUUCCGCUCGUCGUUAAACAAGAUAGCAUCGUUGAAUGUUCACCGCAUGGAGAACGAUACCGCCAUUUAUGGCAUCACGGAGUAUGCUGAUUUAACAGAUCAUGAAUUCCUGCAGCUUAAUCUAGCCGAUUUAAAGCAGGUGAUGGUUUCCGGGCAGAUUGCGCAGGAGAGAGGAAGCCCACUGGACAAAUUCGUUAUUGAAUCGAAGAGUGCCGAAAUGAAAGAUGCCAUCAUAUUUUCACGAGCCAAGCGAUCACUUUUCAUUCCAGAUUAUCUGCCAAAGGUCGUAGAUUGGCGAGAGAAAAAUGUUGUUCCGACGGUAAAAUCGCAAGGAAAUUGUGGCGCCUGUUGGGCUAUCAGCGUUGUGGACACCAUUUCAUCACUAUCGGCCAUCAAGCAGAAGCAAUCCAAUGUAACCGAUUUGUGCAUCGAGAAGGUAAUCAAUUGCGCUGGGAAUGGCAAUUUUGGAUGCGAUGGUGGUGACACAUGUCGUUUGCUGGAAUGGUUGCAAGACGAGAGAAUUGAAUUGAGCACAUUAAGCGAUUGUCUGAGCAUUCAAUCGCACAAAAACGGCUCCGACUGUGAGUUUCAGAAAGCAGGCAACCGGGAAUUCAUAUCGGUAGAGAGGUUUUCUUGUGUCAGCUUAGUCGACCGGGAACACUUGAUGCUGCGAUAUCUGGCCACACGUGGCCCGAUAGUGGCGGCGGUAAAUGCUAUUUCAUGGCAAUACUACCUGGGAGGCGUCGUGCAGUACCACUGCGAGAGCCGUUACGAUGAUCUCAACCAUGCCGUGGAAAUUGUCGGCUACAAUCUGGAAAACAGCAUACCGUACUAUUGGGUGAAAAACUCGUGGGGAACGGCAUUUGGUGACCAUGGUUACAUCAAGAUCGAGAUCGGUAAGAAUUUGUGCGGUAUAGCGAACAGGGUUUCUUUCAUCGAGUUGGUAUGAAACAAAUAAAAGAUGCUAUUAUUAUUUAA